UGACCGCACUUGACCUUCUUCUUCAAACCAGCCGAUCGACCACAUCACACAACUGCAACCACAACCCAAGAAACCGUCAAAGGUCCUUCACUCAAGCACCAGGAUCUUUCCCUCCCGAAUCUAGCCAGAUAGUCAGGGCUUAUCAACCAAGGGCAAAAAAAUAAACAGAUAGAGAGAACAUUGAGAUUUUACUUUCCAAAUCAGAAAAAAGAUGGUGGUUUUAUCAGCGUCGAUCGUCACCAAGGGUGGAAGGCCAAAACUGACCUCAUCAAUGCGUUUUGUAUUUUUCUGAAAUAUUCCCAACUUGACAGCUGUGAUUUCGAGACAAUUUCGAGAGUUUCCACGUGCACGCUUAGAAUCCUUACUAGCCACCUUCCCGAAGCUGAUUCCGCCGUCAUCCCAACACACUGUGAUUGACGAUCCGACCUCGGCGAUCCGAUACGUCUAUCAACCAUUGGAGGAUCUAUGGCUGGUCAUCCUGACCAAUCGACAGAGUAACAUCUUGCAAGACAUCGACACCCUCCAUCUGCUCUCGAGGAUCGUCUCGGACUUCUGUCGAGGAACGGUCACCGAGGCUGAGGUCCUCGCCAGGAGCUUCGAGGUCCUCAGUAGCUUCGAUGAGGUCGUCUGUAUGGGAUACCGUGAGAAGAUCGACUUGAAUGGAAUCCGGAGCGUGAUGGAGAUGGAAAGUCAUGAAGAAAAGAUUCAAGAGAUCAUUGCCAAGAACAAAGAACAAGAGGCCAAGGAGGAGUUAAAGCGCAGGGCCAAACAGCUAGACUCCCAGCGUCGCGAGGCUCUCAAACGUGGCCAAUCGGAUGUGUAUUCAACCGGAAUGGGCUCGGGAGGGGGUUACGAUCGACCAUAUCAGCCUUCACAGCCUGCGGCCCCUGUGGUCCGAGAAGACCCAUACUCAAGUCGGACACCCGUCGCCGCCAAGCCAUUCAAAACAAAAGGGAUGCAACUUGGUAGUAAAUCCAAGUCACAAGGGGUCUUGGGAGACGAAUACGCUGCACAGGGCCCCUGGCCUCCGGUCUCUGUUGUUCAAAGCUCCGAACCCGCGGCUCAGCCUAGCAGUGCUCCGCCAGCUUCGGCAGCAAAAGCGGCGGAUCUGAAUCCAUUUGCGCCAGAGACGCAGGAAGAUGUGCAUCUGGUUCUACGAGAGAAGCUUUCAGCAGAGCUAGCUCGGGAUGGCGGCCUGGUGCCCAACUCGACCGGAAUCAACGUCUCGGGUUCCUUGGAGUUGAAGGUGGCUCCCGAGAGCGAGACGAAGAUCUGGGUGACCCUCAACCAUGGGGUCGCCAAGGGGGCCAUCCCCGCCAGUGACAUCCAGUUCAAAACCCAUCCUAAUGUCGACAAAAAGGCGUGGGCGGACAGUCGGGUGAUUAAGUUGAAAGACGCCGAACGCGGAUUUCCUACCAAACAGGGCUUGGCCGUCUUGAAAUGGAGACUUACGACGAAGGAUGAAACUUUGAUUCCUAUCUCGAUCAACUGUUGGCCUACUACUAAUGAUGAUGGAGGAUGUGAUGUGAACAUAGAAUACGAAGCUGAGAACGAGAAUGUGCAGUUACACAACCUAGUGAUCACGAUUCCAUUACCGGAGGGUUCGUAUCCGAAGGUAGCCCAAUGCGACGGGUCGUACGAGAUCAGGACCGAGGAGAGUCCGGUUCUUCAAUGGAAGAUCGAGGGGGAUGAUGAGGGUGUUGCGCCGAGUGGGGGCUCGAUGGAGUUCAACUGUCCCGACUCGGAUCCGGACUCGUUCUUCCCGGUCUCAGUCGACUUUAUCUCUCAAAACAUCCUCUCUCAGGUCUCCGUCACUCAAGUUGCCGCUGUUGUUGGGGACGAGCCAAUCGAGUUCUCGAGUGAUACUUUGUUAUCGACUGAGGAAUACGCCGUCGUUUAAUCUUCUCUCUGCUCCUUCCCCUUCUCUCCCCUCCUCCCCUUUUUUGUAUGUGUUUGAUCUUUGCUUUGUUGACUGCUUUUAUUGUGUCUUGGCUUGUGUUGGCAGUUGGUGCGUGUGUGUGUAUGGAGAGAAACAGAUAGAACGAAUAAAAAGAAAAACAUGUUUUUGUUUUUUUUUCCCUUGUUCUGGUUUCUCUUAUCAUGAGACAAGAAAAAUUGAAAAUGUGUCUGGUCUCCUUUUCUUCAUUUUAAUGAAAGAGUUUUUUUUUUUUUUUUUUCAAAACAGAGAAUACAUAGAAGGCUUUUUUUUC